AUGGAAACUCUUUAUAUAAUUUCUAUUAAUAUUAUACUUAGUGUAUUUGCCUUUUUUUSUACUUAUAAUAUUAUACCACAUUUAAAAUCUGUGUUCAUUGGUGCUAAUUUAUAUGGAAAAGAUUUAAAUAAAAAAUCUGAAAAUAAAAUUCCUGAAGCUUUUGGAGUAGUAAUAGGAUGUACAUUUCUGAUCACAAUAUUUGUGUUGAUACCAGUCAUCUUUGGCCGUCACAUGUUACAAAAUGAUACAACUCUAUUUCCUCACAGUGAAUUUGUUGAAAUGCUAGCUGCUUUGUUGUCAAUUUGCUGUAUGCUUCUAUUGGGAUUUGCAGACGAUGUUCUGAACUUACGAUGGCGACAUAAACUAUUAUUACCAACUAUUGCUUCAUUACCUUUACUUGUUGUUUAUUACAUAAAUUUCAACUCUACUACAAUUAUUGUACCUAAACCUUUCAGAGAUAUUUUUGGAGUAUCUGUGAACUUGGGUUUACUUUAUUAUGUGUACAUGGGAAUGCUAGCUGUAUUUUGUACAAAUGCUAUUAAUAUUUUAGCUGGAAUAAAUGGAUUGGAAACUGGACAGAGUCUUAUAAUUGCAAUUUCUAUUUUAAUUUUUAAUUUAAUUGAACUAUCAGGAGAUUGUGCUCAAGCACAUUUAUUUUCAUUGCAUUUUAUAAUACCAUUCAUAUCUGUUACUUUUGCUUUAUUAAAAUAUAAUUGGUAUCCUUCAGAAGUGUUUGUUGGUGAUACUUAUUGUUAUUUUGCUGGYAUGACUUUUGCAGUAGUUGGAAUUCUUGGUCAUUUUAGCAAAACUAUGUUAUUGUUUUUCCUACCACAAAUAUUCAAUUUUUUGUACUCAAUUCCCCAGUUAUUCCAUUUCGUUAACUGUCCAAGGCACCGUAUUCCAAGAUUGGAUAAAUAUGGAACACUAUCACCAAGUUUUGCUGAGUACAAUAAUAAUAAUAUUUCAACUAUUGGAAAGAUUUUUUUGAAAUUAUUUUCAAUUUUUAAAAUUAUUCAUAUUCAAGAGAAAUCUGAUGGAAUUAGUAAAUGUAAUAAUCUAACACUUAUUAAUCUGUGUCUACUUAAAAUGGGACCGACUGAUGAGAAAACAUUGACUGUAACAUUGUUAAUCAUCCAAGUUUUUUGCAGUUUAUUUGCAUUCAUUAUAAGGUACCCAUUAGCAUCAUUAUUUUAUGAUGUCUAAUAAUAUUGUUUGCAAUAUUUUAUAUAUGGGCCAAAUAAGUUAAAUUUGGAAACA